AUGGGCGCCGAAACUAACAGCAAGAUCUCGAGCUACGAGGUCGGUAAGAUAAAUGCAAAAGGAGCUUUCACUGCCGAGAUACACAUCACCGCACGCGUCGGGCUCCAAGACGUCUGGCACAGUCAAUACGAAGGGUCCCAGGUCAUGGGCAAACGCCCUGGAAUGCACAUGAAAUAUCUCAUCACGAAGUACAACCAAGUCAAUGGAGACAUGCUGACUGGAGGAUGCUAUCUCUUCGACACUUUCGACAAUGCGAAGGAAUAUGAGGACUGGACAACCAAUGACUUCAAAGUGGGAGAGCCAGAGACGACGUACUGGAAACAGCCCUUGUUCAAAUCAGUCAACGCCUUUACCUGGAACGUCAUCGGAGCUCACAACUUCACGCCCAUCGAUGAGCAUGGCAUUGGCCGUAUGCAGCGUUGGACGUAUCAUCACGUGGGCGUAGAGUCCAUCCUGACACAACUGUAUCCCGUCCUAAAGGACGCAGCCGAGAAUAGAGGAGCUGGGGCAUUUUGGCUCUUGCAUCGCCCUGAGGAUCAGAUGAUCGGUGUGCACAUGUCAUUCCCAAAACCGGAGGAGAGUGGUGAUGAAGCCCUUUACGAAGCAGUGGAGGAGGUGGCUCAGACGAACUCUGUUGCAGGUGUCUUUCCCGAUGCGUUUGAACUGGAGGAAUUGAUUGAUCGAACCAGCGUUUACUUCGCAAUUUGGCAGCCGCUGGCGGAGGAUGUAAAGGGUGUCAAAGUGGUGAACCCUCACUUCCCAGAAAUGGCAAAACAGUCACAUGGGGAGGCUUGA